AUGCCCACUCUCAACUUGAGCGACCUCAACGUCGUCACGGCGGUGCUGGGCGCCUUCACCCUGCUCUACGGUAUCAUCUCCGUCAAGAUCAAGCAAGCAUGGUACCUUGGCGAAGCCCUGCCAGCCAUGGUGCUCGGCAUCAUCCUCGGCCCCGUAGCCGCCAGAUUCCUCGACGCCUCGAGAUGGGGCCUGGCGGAAGAAGCCCAAGUCUCAGAGAUCACUCUCGGCGUCACCCGCAUCGUCAUCUGUCUGCAGCUCGUCAUUGCAGCGUACCAGCUGCCGCAGAAGUACUUUUGGAUCCGCAAGAAGGAGAUGCUUAUAUGUCUGAUUCCAAUCAUGACGCUCAUGUGGCUCCUCACGACAGCCUGCUGCCUCGCGACCAUUCCCAAAAUCACGUUUCUCGCCGGUCUGGCCAUCGCGGCGGCAUGCACCUGCACCGAUCCCGUGCUCUCACAGGCCGUGGCCAAGGGGCCCUUUUCCGACAAAUACGUGUCUCGCCCGCUGCGAGAGAUCAUCUCAGCCGAGGCGUGUCUGAACGACGGCUUCGGUUUCCCGUUCCUGAUGCUGGCGGUUUACCUGCUCCGCCAUGCUGAGCCGAUCCCUGAGCCACUGGAUGCUGUCGGUGGCGCGCACAGGCUGAUGAUUCGCUCCGGGUCCGAACAUGAAGUUGGGCGGUUGGGCGGCGGGCCAGGCGAGGCCAUGAAGCAAUGGUUCUUGGAGACGUGGCUAUACUAUGUGAUCCUGUCGGCUGUCUACGGCGUCGCCGUUGGGACCGUGGCGCGCCUCGCCAUCAAGUUCUCGCUGAGGAAGAGGUGGAUUGACUCCGAGUCGUACGUCCUCUUUCCUACCGCCAUCGGACUGUUCAUCGUGGGCACCGCGGGCGCUGUGGGCACCAACGACUUGCUGGCUUGCGCUUUCUCGGGCGGCGCGCUCAACUGGGACGGCGAGUUCAUGGAUGAGCUGGAGCGUCGACAUGACGAGGUCAACAGCUGCAUUGACGUCUUGCUCAACUUUGGUGGGUUCAUGUACCUGGGAGCUAUCAUUCCUUGGAGCGAGUUCCACGACCCUGAUGGCACCGGUAUCACCAUCUGGCGUCUUUUCCUACUGGGUAUCAUGGUCUUCGCUUUCCGCCGCAUCCCCGCCAUCUUCAUCUGCUACAAGACCAUGCCCAAUAUUGUUCAGAACUGGAGGGAAGCCUUGUUUAUGGGAUAUUUUGGCCCCAUCGGUAUUGGCGCCGUGUUCUACGUCGAGCACACGCGCCACAUUGUGCCCAAACCGGGCGAAGCGGAUUCCGAGUUCGACAAUAUGAUUCGCGCCUUGCCUGGCACCAUCUACUUCCUUGUCGUCUUCUCCAUUGUUGGCCACGGUCUGUCGAUUCCGCUCCUCGACGCCAUAUACAAGCGCAUGGGUGUCCAGCCUAUCCAGGACGACGCCAUUGCGAUUCGCAGGAAAUCCAUACACGUCCCCAACCCAGCCAACGCGGCCUUGGGCGACGAGGAUACCUUUAUUGCGUACAACCGUUUCCGUCGUCCCAGUGAUCCCGAAGCCCAGCCACGUCGUCACUCGCGUAGAGUGUCCCAUUCGCGUGCGGCCGUGCGACCGCCAAACUACCCCGAGGAGGAUUCCGAGGCGGAGAAGAAGAGAUUGCAGAGGAGGACGAUUCGCUAUGGCGUGUAG